AUGGUAUAUGAACUAUACUACAAACAAGAAGAUGAAGAGAACAGAGUAAAACCAAUCCGAGUGGACCUCGGGCGGCCUGGCGACUGCUGCCUGGCCGCCGCCAUCAGGGGGGGUCACGUGAGGGUGGUCAAGAUCCUGCUGGCCAACGGAGCGGACCCGGAUGGACCGGCCCAGCCGCCGGAUAAAGUGCUAACAAACGUAGACUCGGAGCGCGAGUCCCGGCGCCGGCCGCGACACUCGUCCGCGUUUCCGGGACGCAGCUCCACCUCGCCCUCCCCGGCCCGGAGCAGCUAUAGUAGCGACCGUGACAUCCCCUGGACACCGCUCUCCAUAGCAGCCCACAACAAGAGUGUCCAACUAAUAGACAUGUUGUUGGCCCGAGGGGCGUCCGACGCCCAGUGCGCGGCGCUCCGGGAGUGCGCGCGGCACCGCUUGGAGCCCUGCGUAGCUAGCCUGCUGGCCACUAAGGCCUUCCCCGACCCAGAUUACAAGAUAAACAAAGCAGUAAUAACAGAGACAGUGUUCAAGGAUCGUCGGGACUCCUCACUCACGUACAACUCUCUCUGUCCCACCACGCCGGUAACGCUGAACUGGCGAGAGCUGAGGUGCUCUAUGGCUAAGAUACGCAUGAACUGGAUCCAACAAGCGGCCCUCCACGUGAACCCCAAGCUGGGCAGCGCCGCUAGCGCCCUCUAUGCAAUCACUCGAAUCGACGUAUCCAACAAUGAACUGAGAAUAUUGCCGCCGGAGCUGUUUGUGUUGAAGAGUUUGAGUGCCCUCUAUGUGGUCAUCUGUAUCGAUGUGUCGAAUAACGAACUGAGGAUACUGCCGCCAGAGCUGUUUGUGUUGAAGAGCUUGAGGUACCUAAACGCAGCACAAAACAAGCUAGAACGCCUGCCUACCCUCUCGGAGCCUUUUGAAGAAGACAUUGAGGCGAGCAAGACACGUCGCAUGAAGAAACCCAAUAAGAAACUACGCCCUGCCGUGUAUAGUGCUCCUGUGUUGCAGGAUUUGUAUUUGCAGGACAACCGUCUAGAGGAGAUCCCUCCGGAACUGUUCAGUCUGCCCAAUCUGGUCACACUGGACAUCUCGAACAACAAGCUGCGUACGCUGCCCUACGAGAUGUGGACCGCGCCGAGACUGAAGGAUCUGAAUGCAGCCUUGAACCAUUUGAAGGAUUUACCUCAUAAGGAGCAAAAUCAAGUGGACGGCGCGUCGCCGUCGUGCUUGCUAUCUCCCUCCGACUCGUCGUCUCAGCUCAGCGCGUCUCCGUCUAUCGGACAAAUGACGCAAUUCUCAUUCAACAACUCGCUAUCGAAAUCAUCAUCCCGAAGUCCAUCGAUAGAGCGCAGCGUAUCGGAAGCAACUGUCGAUGAAGAUGAUGAUGAUGAAGACAACAGAUCUGUGAUAGUGCCCGCCAACAGGGCUGGGAAUGCUACCUGGACAGAGUCAAAACGCGUGCACACAUGGCGAGGUAUAGUCGAGCCGGCGGACCGCGGCACCGCAGCGCCCGGGGGCUCCCCGCUGACGUCACUCAACCUGUCUCACAACCAGUUCACUCGCGUCUCACCCGUGUUGGCUUGUGCGGCGCCCGCGCUGAACACGCUGAAUAUGGCUUAUAAUUCACUCAGAUCCAUGUCUUACGUUACGUCAUACCCAACGAGUUUGAGGCAGCUAGACCUGAGUCAUAACGAGAUAACCUGCUGGCCCAGUUUACCGCAACUGGAAAACUUCAGCUCUGCGGAAGGGGAUCCUUUAGCCUGCUACUGCCGCACGCCAGCCGUCUCUGCAUCAUCAGGUAAUGGGAGCUAUUGUAAAGCAAAUACACUCAAGAGCAAUGAAAACGUUCCAGUGGAAUAUGGAAUGGAACUGACAGGCGCCGUGCGGCCUCGCUCCGGUUGCGUGCGAGAGCAGCUGCUGAGCGCGGCGUGCCCCGCGCGCCGGCAUCUCACGCUUGAGGGGUUGAGGACUUUGAUCCUAGCCAACAACAUGCUGUCGCGCAUCCAGCUGACGACGGAUGACGACGGCCACAUCUCCGAGUCCACCGACGACUCCGCCGCUGAUGAAGAUGAUGAGUGGAACACCGGCUCCAGCCUCAAAGGACGGCUACUCUUCCCCCUGCUGUCCAUGCUGGAUGUCUCAAGCAACAUGUUGCGAAGUAUACCGCCUUCCAUACACGCGCUGACUAACCUCGCCGUGCUGAAUAUUAGCGGGAAUAAAGAUAUAACGGACCUGCCGCCGCAAAUGGGCCUGCUGUCGCGACUGUGGAACCUCAACACCGUCGGCUGUUCACUGCAGGAGCCACUCAGAUCAAUGGUGCAGUCCGGUAAAUACAGAAGCAUGGACAUAGUCGGGUAUCUGAAGUCGGUGCUACAAGAAGCGCGCCCCUACUCCACUUGCAAGCUCAUGAUUGUAGGACUGCAGGGUAUCGGUAAAACAAGUCUGCUAGAAUGCCUACGACAGGAAUCCGCCAUCGUUCAUAGAAGAAAACCAACGGAGCACUGGGCUAAGCGCAUGGGCAACAAGGCCGCCCGCCGCGGCAACAUGUCCACGGUGGGGGUGGAUAUAGGCACCUGGAUCUACGAGAAAAGUCGCUCUAAUCGACCCCCGGUCACGUUCAGGACUUGGGACUUUGGUGGGCAGCAGGAAUCUAUACAAGCGCGGGCGCCCGGUUCCCCAGUUAUAAUGGUGGCCACACACUACGAUCAAGUGUCUAAUAGUACUCUCCCAGAGAGCGAGAGUCCGGAAGCGCUGCAGCGGCUCAUCAGAUCCUCCAUCAUGGGGGCGCCCGACGCCGACAAGAUGGGCCUCCCACGGGUCAUGGACUCUGUUGAGGUUUCCUGCAGCACACGCCACAAUAUACGACUCUUAGCUGACAUAAUCUACACGAUCGCUUACAGUGUGAAGCCGCCAGGCAGCAAGGAGCCUAUGCUCGAGCAACGCGUCCCCUGCACGUACCUGGCUCUGGAGGAGUGCGUGGCGCACCUCGCCGCCGAGCUGCCUGAGCCCGUGUUGAAGCACCACGACUACAAGAGACUGGUCACACAAUACAUGCAACAGAAGGGGAUGCGCCUGUUCCGCGACUCUGCUGAGCUGCAUCAGGCCACCAUGUUUCUACAUGAAAACGGUGUAUUACUCCACUAUGAUGACGCUACACUAAAAGAACUCUACUUCCUGCGGCCGCAGUGGCUGUGCGACGUGCUGGCGCAUGUCGUCACCGUGCGCGAGGUCAACCCCUUCGCUAGCAACGAUGAAAAUGUGCCAGAGUUCACCGAUACACUGUCGAACAUGAGUGCCGUGGUGGAGGAGUGUGACGCCGAGGCGGUCUACAUGAUGGGAGACUACAACGCCCACCCUGGCACCCGCUUCAGUGAGGAGCUCCUGGCAUUCUGUCGUGAGCAAUUGUGGAAUUGCACUGACAUCGACAUGCUCGGGGCAGACUCGGGCACGUUCACCUUCAUCAGCGAGGCCAAUGGCGCCCGGCGCUGGCUGGACCACUGCGUGACCAGCUGCGCCGCGCGGGCCACGGUGCGCCGCGUGCGCGUCCACCACGACGUCACCACCUCGGACCAUUUCCCAAUGUUUUGUGUGCCCGAUGCGGAGGCAGCCCCGUCGCCCGCGCCGGCCGCGCCCGCUCCCGCCCCCGCCCCGCAGCCCCCAGCGGCCGAGCUGCGUGUGACGGCGGCGAGCGUGGCUCGCGCGGUGCGCUGCAUGACCCGGGGAAAGUCCCCCGGGCAUGACUCUCUCAGCAUCGAGCAUAUUCUGUACGCUAGUGAUGAGGGAGGGCUGACCUUUCCGGACCUCUUCAACCUUUAUGUAAAUGACCUGAUCGAGGAGUUGAGGAGCACCGGCAUCGGGUGUCACGUAGGGGAUGUAUGCUUCAACAACUUGAGCUACGCAGAUGAUAUGGUGCUCCUCAGCCCCUCGGUCGGCGGAUUAAGAAAGCUCAUUGCUGUGUGUGAGAGAUUCGCUAAUAGUAAUGGUUUAAAAUAUAACGCCAAGAAAUGUGAAGUAAUGGUAUUUAGAGUGGGGAGAGGUCCGGAGAGGAUACCCCCGGUCUACAUGUAUGGCUCAUCGAUUCGGGUUGUAGAUAAGUUCAGGUACUUGGGUCAUGUGCUGACGGAGACCCUGAGUGACGACGCCGACAUGGAGCGCGAGCGGCGGGCCCUGGCGGUGCGGUGCAACAUGCUCGCACGCAGGUUUGCCAAGUGCUCUAAGGAUGUAAAAAUUGUGCUCUUCAAGGCCUUUUGUCAAACGUUUUAUACCUGCCAACUAUGGAUUAAUUACACAAGGAGAGCAUACAGCACCCUUAGAGUACAAUACAAUGACGCACUACGCAUAUUGCUGAGACAACCGCGCUACUGCAGUGCGAAGGCCAUGUUCGCCGACGCCGGGGUCCCCGACUACUUCGCCGUGCUGCGGCUACGGGCGGCGUCGUUCUGGGACCGAGUCCGGAGCUCCAGCAAUGAGCUGAUAGCAGCUGUCGGCGACGAUAUUUAUGGAAAUGGGUUCAUUAAGCACUGGCUUUUCGUGCACCAGUCGGGGAAUAAGAACAUGAGCAUGAGAGUAUUACUCCACUACGACUCGGCGACGCUGAAGGAGCUGUACUUCCUGCGGCCGCAGUGGCUGUGCGACGAGCUGGCGCAUGUCGUCACCGUGCGCGAGGUCAACCCCUUCGCUAGCCACGAGUGCUGCCACUACGACUCGGCGACGCUGAAAGAGCUGUACUUCCUGCGGCCGCAGUGGCUGUGCGACGUGCUGGCGCAUGUCGUCACCGUGCGCGAGGUCAACCCCUUCGCUGGCAACGGUGGUAUGAGAGUGUGGCUCCACUACGACUCGGCGACGCUGAAAGAGCUGUACUUCCUGCGGCCGCAGUGGCUGUGCGACGUGCUGGCGCAUGUCGUCACCGUGCGCGAGAUCAACCCCUUCGCUAGCAACGGUGGCAACACCCUGUAUAGCAUGAGCAUGAGAGUGUUACUCCACUACGACUCGGCGACGCUGAAGGAGCUGUACUUCCUGCGGCCGCAGUGGCUGUGCGACGUGCUGGCGCAUGUCGUCACCGUGCGCGAGAUCAACCCCUUCGCUAGCAACGGUAUAAUGAAAAUAGACGACCUCCCACACGUCUUCAAAGCCAGCCCUCAGUUAGGGGGCGGUGAGGAGGCACAUUCCCUCGGCGUGUCAUUGCUGAACAAGUUCGAAUUGGCUCUGUCGUGGGAUAGCCGGACCCUGGUGGUGCCGCCGCUGCUGCCUCUUGCCGAGCCUGCUGAGCCACAGCUCCCGCUCAGGACUCGAACCUGGUCGUCCAGCAACCGUGGGACGCCGCGACGCGCCUUCUCAACUACUCUGUCAACCGCUGACAGUGGACUGCACGGGACCGAGUCUCCUAGCUUGAUCUUGGAAGACCACCCGCAAAUCACCAUCACGGGUCGCUGUAGCGGGCGCUCUCUCCGCCGCUUGCUCCUCCUGUCAUACAUCCCCCGAGGGUUCUGGGCGCGGCUGGUGACGCGGCUGCUGCAGCAUCAAAGUGUGGCUAAUCAGGCCUACCCUCCACAGAAUGAUAUGGAGCUAGACGAAGCCACCACGGCCGCUCUAGAACUCCAAUGGGGCUGGAAGCUGUGGCAGACGGGCAUGAAGCUGGUCUCCGGCGCGCUGACACUCGUCAGCAUCAGACAGGUGACGCCGGAGAGGGACCAGUUGCUGCCGGGGCAGGCGACGGAUGUUGAUGGCGGUUAUAGUCAUGUGCAAUUUCGCGUACAACAAGACGGCGCGUGGACGGAGCUGAGCGCGGGGGACUCGGCGUGCAUUGAGAUUGAACUGCCGGCCGAGGUGUGCGUCGCGCGCCGCACGGACGGAUUACCACUCUCUGGAUACCAGAGUAUAAGUGUGGAGCCGAACCCUGAAGUUCUGACGAAGCUGCUAGCUCUGUUCACUGACCAUGUGGACUUGUUGUUAGAAGACUGGUAUCCGUCAUUAGGCACCCGCUUCGUCCACACCUCCGAAGGUCGCUGCCUCAUCACCCGCCUGGUGCCGUGCCCCGCGUGCCUGCGCGCCCCCGCGCCCGCGCCGCCCCCGCACCACCUGUUGCCGCAGGCGCUGAAACGUCUGGAGCUCAAUAACGGCGAAGAGCGCCGCAGGGUGCGGGUUUCAGAGGAGUCCCGCGCUUCGGACGGCGACAGCGGAGUGGGCGGCGAGUCUAAUGGCUCAUCCCUAGCCGGCUCAGUGGACCGGCCUCCCCGAGAGGGCGUCUACGUGACCGCGUGGACGCAAGAACGCUGCAUGCUGGCCGCUUGUACCGGCUUGACCCUAACCUGCGGGACCCACGGCAAUGUGCGGCUUAGUGACGUCGCUCCUGAUACUCUAUUCCUCGACGUAGAAGAAUCAAUGCGCGCGCGCUGGGACGACAUCACAGUGGGCGGCGUGGCCGGUCGUGGCGCGUUCGGGACCGUGUACCGCGGCAAGUGGCGCGGCCAGGCGGUCGCCGUGAAGGCGCUGCAGCCCAUACCAGGCUCUAAGCAGGGGGGGAAGCACAUGGGCGGGCGCGGCACCGUGUACCGCGGCAAGUGGCGCGGCCAGGCGGUCGCCGUCAAGGCGCUGCAGCCCAUACCGGGGUCUAAGCAGGGGGGGAAGCAUAUGCAAGCAGCCGCCUCGCGAUGGGAGCGUGACCCUGCCUCGGGCGCUUGCCGCGCGUACUGCGCCCUAAGGCAAGAACUAGGAGUCUUGCGGGCGCUGCGCCACGCCGGCGUGGUGCCGCUGCGGGCCGUGUGCGCCGCGCCGCUGGCUCUGCUGACGCCGCUGGCGCCUAUGGGAGCCCUAGACGGCGUGCUCCUCCAAUACCGGAGCGUGGGGAGCCGGGUGGGCGCGCGCGCGGGGCGCCGCCUCGUGCUGCAGGUGGCUCGGGCUAUAGAGUACCUGCAUGCUUCCAGGACUGUGUAUAGGGAUCUUAAGUCCGAGAACGUCCUGGUGUGGGCGAUGCCGACGCCGCAGGAGGCCGCGGCCGCCGAGCUCAGCCCCAACCCCGUCAACGUGCACAUCAAACUGGGCGACUACGGUAUAAGCCGCAUCGCGCCGCCGUCGGGCACUAAGGGGUUCGGCGGCACCGAGGGGUUCAUGGCGCCAGAGAUCAUGCGCUACAACGGAGAGGAGGAGUAUAAUGAGAAGGUGGACUGCUUCUCAUUCGGCAUGCUUCUGUACGAGGUGCUGACACUCCGACAGCCCUUCGAGGGACACGAGGCGGUGAAGGAGGCCGUUCUGGACGGCGCCAGGCCCGCGCUAAACGCUAGGGACCUCCAAUCCCCAAUCUCGUUCCUAGCCCUCAUGCGCCAGUGCUGGAGCGGCCGUCCGUCCGCCCGCCCCUCCGCCGCCGCCCUGGUGUCCGUGGCAGCCGCCCCAGAGAUGCCCGCCCUACAGGACGCUGCUGCUACUAGGGCUAGCCAGGGGUGGCUCGCUUUUGAGACAAUCCACCCGGAAACAGGCGACACGGGGUGGGAGGCGUGGGGCGCGGGGGACGCGGGCCGCGUGCACACUGUCACCGCCACGCAUGCGCACUUCGACACGCAGUAUACUGUCACUAUGCCGCUAGACAAUGACAAGCCGGUGUCUGUGGCGUCCAUGUGUCGCGUCGGCUCUAAAGUGUGGAUCGGGGACUCUUCAGGACGACUCUCUGUGUAUUCAUCAUCAACCUGCACCCUGCAGUGGACAGUGCGAGUUCAAGACUUGGUCGGGGGCUCCCCGGCCGCCGUUAGCGCGCUGGCGCCGCUGCCGCAGCUCAGCCGCGUCGCCGUGGCUCUAGAAUGUGGCAGACUAUUCCUCGUCACAUCAUCCCGGCCUCAAGUGGAGGGCAGCUUCGUGGUGACGGAGCUGGGGGCCGCCACCGAGCUGACCUGCCUCGCCGCCGUCGCCAGCCCCACCGGUUACGAAGUGUUCGCGGGCGGCUCGGGCCUAGACUGCUACUCGGUGCGCGCGGGCGGCGUGUCCGCGGCCGCCAGUCUGCCGGCGCCGGGCCGCGUCACGAGCCUCGCCGCCGCGCCCACCGCGCCCAUGCUGCUGUUUGUCAGCGAACCACCCUGCGUGGUGUACGGCUGGUGCCUCCGCCGCGGCACCAUCGCGUCCCGCCUGGACUGCAGCAAGCUGGCGCCCUGCUCCGAGAGCCUGCAGUCCAUCGCACUGGACGAUACCAUGAGUGAACUGAGUCACACCGUAAGAUAUAAUAUCAUCUAUGUACACCAAGUAUUUGUCUUCUGCUGA